UAUAUAGGGUGGUAAGUAGAGACAAAAGGCAGAGAGAGAAAGGUUUCGUCCAAACCAAAGUAAGCCUUAUCUCUCUUCUUCUUCUCCCUCCCAACCAAACUAAACAGAGCUAUCGAAGUUACUCACUCUCUCCCACACUCCUCAAAUCCCUUAUCUCUUUCCUCCAUACCCCUUUUCACUUUCUCCAAUGGAGCCCUUAAAGUCUCCCUCUUCGCCUGAUUCCACAACACCAACAACAACCACCAUGACGCCGCCUUCUUCAUUCUCAACAGGUUCGUUUUCUCCUUUUCAAUAUUCCGACCUUGUUGAUGCUUCUUCUCCUUACAAUUUUGAUGAUAAUGGUGAGAAGGGUGCUGGGGUUGUUAAUAUGCUUAGUGGUGGUGUGAGACCAAUUGCCAAGGUUUCCAUUGAUGACGAUGAUGUUGUUGUUGAUGAUGAAAGUGAUGACGAUGGAGUUUUGUAUGGUUCGAAAGUUGGGGUUUUGGAGGUUAAGGAAGAGUCGGCUGUAGUACUUGGGGUUGAGAGUUUAUUAGAGGGUGGAGGUGUUACUCCUCAGAAACAGGAGGAGAAGGAUUUGGUGGCUGACAAUGGUGUUAGUAAUGAUGACAAAGAAGGGGAUAAGGUUUUGGUGGUGGAGAAAAGUGACCAUUUUGAUGGUGAGGAGGUAAAAUUAGAAGCUGAGAAAUUGGUUAAAGAAUAUGGUGGGGAGUCAGGGUUUAGGGUCAGUGGAGAUGUAGAAGUUGAACAAGGUAAAAUUGGGGAUAGUGGAAAUGAUGUUAAAGAUAGCUAUGUGAGUUUAGAAGAGAAGUUGGUACAACAAGUUGUCCCAGAUUCUCAAUCUGAUGAGAAUAUUGUUGUGGGGUCUGUUAUUGGUGGUGUUGAUGAUGAAGUUGAUACCAAAGGAGGAAAAGAUGGAGGGAUAGAAGCUGAUUUUGAAGUAGAUAAAGGUGCAAAUGAUGAAGAAGUUUUCUCUGGUAUGCCUUUAGAUUCUGAUUCCAAUGUAAAUAUUGUGGUGGAGCCUGAUAUUGUUGGUAGUGUUGAGGAAGUUGAUACCAAGAACAUAUCAGGAAUAGAAGAAGAAGGGGCGUUAGAAGCUGGUGUUCAGAAAAAUAGCCUUGUGGUUGAGAAAGGUGGUGGUGAUGAUGAUGAAGAAGUCCAGUCAGCUGACACUGUUGAUCUAAAGUCGAUGCCUAAAAAUUCUGAAUUGGUGGAACCUGUUGUUGGUGGUGUUGAUGAAGUUGAUACCAAGAACAUAUCAGGGAAAGAAGAAGGGGUGUUAGAAGUUGAUUCUGAUGUUCAGAACAGAAGCCUUGUGGUUGAGAAAGGUGAUAAUGAUGAAGAAGUUCAGUCAAUUGACACAGUUGGCCCAAAAUCGAUGCUUACAGAUCCUGAAUUCAAUCGAAAUGUUUCAGUGGAACCUGUUGUUAUUGGUGGUCUUGAUGAAGUUGACACCAAGAACGUAUCAAGAAGAGAAGAAGCUGAUUCAGAAGUUCAGCAGAACAACCUCGUGAUUGAAAACGGUGUUGUCUCUGAUUUACCAAAAGAUGAAACUUUGCAACAGGAUGAAAAGUUAACUCAUAAUACUAGAAGUAGUAUUGAAGAGCCAACCUCAAUUAUAAACCGUGAGAUGAUGGUAGAAGGUGAAAAUGAGGAGAAACAUCUUCCUGAGGAGUAUGGUGAGAUUGAUGGUUCUGGUACAGAUGAUGAAAAUGAAGAUAUUGUCUUUGGAAGCUCUGCCAAGCAGUUCUUGGAAGAGUUGGAACGAGCAUCAGGAGCAGGUUCUCAUUCCGGGGCUGAUAGUUCGCAUGAUCAUUCGCAGAGAAUUGACGGUCAAAUUGUGACAGACUCGGAUGAAGAAGUAGACACUGAUGAUGAUGAGGGAGGUGGGAAAGAGAUGUUUGAUUCUCGCAAAGAUUGGCAAACUCUUUUGAAAGCAGCUACAGGUGCUUCCUCGGAUGGUGGCAAUAUCACUAUAACUAGUUCAGAUGGAUCCAGACUUUUCUCUGUUGAGCGUCCUGCUGGUUUAGGGUCCUCACUUCCAUCAGUGAGGCCGGCCUCCCGUCCUACUCCUACUCAUUCGAGCCUUUUCUCGCCAUCAAAUCUGGUUGCUGGUGGAGACUCAGAGAAAAGCUUGAGUGAGGAAGAGAAACAGAGAUUGGAGAAGUUUCAACAGUUAAGGGUGAAGUACUUAAGACUUGUUAAGAGAGUAGGUGGCUCAAUUGAGGAUUCAAUAGCAAGACAGGUUCUAUACCGGUUGGCACUUGUUUCGGGAAGGCAAGCUGGCCAAGCAUUCAGCCUGGAAAGUGCAAAGGCCAAGGCUCUCCAGCUUGAAUCAGAGGGGAAUGAUGAUUUGGACUUUUCCUUGAACAUACUUGUUAUUGGGAAAACAGGUGUUGGCAAGAGUGCCACCAUAAACUCUAUUUUCGGAGAAGAGAAGAUCCCAAUUCAUGCAUUUGGACCCUCCACAACCAGUGUGAAGGAAAUUGUUGGAACCGUGGAUGGAGUCAAGAUCAGGGUUUUUGAUACUCCGGGUCUCAAACCAGCUGCAAUGGAACAGAGUGCUAAUCGAAAUAUUUUGUCUUCAGUGAAGAAUGUCACAAAGAAAUGCCCACCUGAUAUUGUUCUCUAUGUCGAUAGGCUGGACACUCAUAGCAGAGAUCUUAAUGACAUGCCAAUGUUAAGAUCAAUCACUUCUGUGCUCGGCCCUUCGAUCUGGAGAAGUGUCAUUGUUACUUUGACUCAUGCUGCAUCCUCUCCACCCGAUGGACCAUCGGGUACGCCCCUGAACUAUGAAUUGUUUGUUGCUCAGCGGUCUCAAAUUGUUCAGCAGACCAUUGGACAAGCUGUUGGUGAUCUUAGAACUAUGAGUCCAAGUUUGAUGAAUCCUAUAUCACUGGCUGAGAACCAUUCCUCUUGUAGAAAGAAUAGGGAUGGUGAGAAAGUGCUCCCGAAUGGUCAAGCUUGGCGAUCUCAGUUGUUGCUCUUGAGUUAUUCUAUGAAGAUAUUAUCUGAGGCAAGCAACCUCUCAAAACCACAGGAGUCAGUGGAUCACAAGAAGCUCUUUGGCUUUCGUUCUCGUUCGCCUCCCCUUCCAUACUUGUUGUCCUGGCUUUUGCAGUCGCGUGCUCAUCCAAAACUUUCAGGUGAUCAAGGUGGAGAGAUUGGUGAUUCUGAUAUUGAUUUGGAUGACUUGUCUGAUUCUGAUGGUGAAGAAGAAGAUGAGUAUGAUCAGCUUCCACCAUUCAAACCUCUCAGGAAUUUCCAGAUUGCUAAGCUUAGCAAAGAGCAGAAGAAGGCAUAUAUGGAGGAGUAUGAUUACAGGGUGAAACUCCUUCAAAAGAAGCAAUGGAGAGAGGAGUUGAAACGGAUGAAAGAAAUGAAGAAGAGGGGUGGUAAGGUUAGUGCUGAAGAGUUGGCUUUUGCUGGUGAAGAUGACCCCGAAAAUGGAACUCCUGCUGCUGUUCCAGUUGCCUUACCUGAUAUGGCUCUGCCUCCUUCUUUUGAUGGUGAUAAUCCGGCUUACAGGUACCGGUUCUUGGAGCCCACUUCUCAAUUGCUGGCAAGGCCGGUAUUGGACACCCAUGGCUGGGAUCAUGAUUGCGGUUAUGACGGUGUUAACCUUGAGCAAACCCUUGCCAUUGUCAACCGUUUUCCAGGGGUUGUUGCUGUUCAAGUAACCAAGGAUAAAAAAGAAUUCAAUAUCCAUCUGGAUUCCUCAGUUGCUGCUAAGCAUGGGGACAAUGGAUCAAGUAUGGCUGGCUUUGACAUUCAAAACAUUGGAAAACAACUUGCAUACAUCGUCCGUGGUGAGACAAAGUUCAAAAGUUUCAGAAAGAACAAGACAACUGCUGGAACAUCUGUGACAUUCUUAGGUGAAAAUGUUUCCACUGGAUUCAAAAUUGAGAACCAAACUGGGCUUGGGAAGCGGGUUGUGUUGGUGGGCAGCACUGGAGUUGUCAAAUCACAGAGUGACUCGGCAUAUGGAGCGAAUUUAGAAGUGCGUCUGAGGGAGGCAGAUUUUCCCAUUGGCCAAGAUCAAUCCUCUCUUGGACUGUCUUUGGUGAAGUGGAGAGGGGACCUUGCAUUGGGGGCUAAUUUGCAGUCUCAGUUUUCUCUUGGAAGGAACUACAAGGUAGCCGUUCGUGCAGGGUUGAACAACAAGCUUAGUGGUCAGAUAUCAAUUCGAACAAGCAGUUCAGAACAGCUCCAACUUGCACUGUUUGCCAUUCUUCCAGUUGUUAGGAGUAUCUACAAGCUCAUCUGCCCCGGGCCUGGUUCGGAGAACUAUGCACUCUACUAGAUUAUAUACAUGUUUAGUUUCUCAUUUUGAUUACUAUUAUUAUUGUUAUUUUACAAUUGACAUGAAUAUCAAUCAGUCUGUGGCUUUUGUUUGUCAUUGAACUGAUAUGCUUUCUUUCAUUGUUAGUUAACCUUAAAAUGUUUUAUAUUUUGCAAAUGCAUUGAGAUGGAACCUUGAGGUGAGAUGAGGUGAGGUGAGGGAAUGUUAUAAAGUUUGGUAGCUUUCUUUUCAGUUAGUUAGUACCAACUUUUUUGAAAUAUGUGUUGUUGGGCAUCUGUGGUGAAAUGGGAAUAUUUUUCUUUAUACAA